GUCACACCUAAAUGCUAUAGAGACAAAAAAAUGGCUACCAUCUCCUAUGAUCCACGACAUCACCUUCAAGGAGGCAAGAACUAUCAAGGAAUCAUAGUUGAAGAAAUUGAAGGACUAAUCAAAGUUUAUAGAGAUGGACGCGUGGAAAGACCUCCAAUAAUUCCUAAUGUUCCUUGCUCUGGGAUUCAAGAAGACGGUGUGACUUCAAAAGACGUUAUUAUCGACAAGUUCACUAACUUAUGGGCGCGUAUAUAUCUCCCAAGCAACACUGCAGGCAGGCUGCCUUUGCUUGUUUACUUCCAUGGAGGUGGAUUUUGUGUUGGCUCAGCUUCUUGGAGUUGUUAUCAUGAAUUCUUAGCUAAUCUUGCUUAUAAAGCAGGUUGCAUAAUUAUGUCAGUAAACUACCGUCUAGCCCCUGAAAAUCGCCUUCCUGUUGCUUAUGAAGAUGGUAUCAACACUCUCAUGUGGGUUAAACAACAAUCUGCAAUGGGUUCUCCUGAGCAUAGCUGGUGGCUAAACCAAUGCAAUUUCUCUAGGUUUUUCCUGUCGGGUGAUAGCGCUGGGGCUAACAUAGCAUACACUGUGGCUACAAGAUUAGGAUCCAAUGUCAUAUCUGAAAAUUGCAAUAUAAAGCCACUGUGCCUGAGGGGUCUUAUCCUGAUACAACCUUUUUUUGGAGGGGAAGCAAGAACUUCUUCAGAGAAAAAUUUGACUCAACCACCAAAUUCAGCACUAACUUCAUCGGCUUCUGAUACAUAUUGGCGGCUAUCACUUCCUUUUGGGACUAACCGCGAUUAUCCAUACUGCAAUCCUCUAGCUAAUAAUGGUGUGAAUAGAAUGCGCGAUUUGAAUCUUCCAUCUACAAUGGUGUGCAUAUCAGAAAUGGAUAUACUCAAAGACACAAACUUGGAAUUUUGUACUGCGUUAACUAGUGCUGGUAAAAAGGUGGAAAAGGUUAUUUACAAAGGAGUUGGACAUGCAUUUCAAAUUCUGCAUAAUUCUCAUUUCUCUCAAAUUCGGAUUCAAGAAAUGAUAUCUCACAUCAGAACUUUCAUCAAUCAGUAACAAAAGAACCUAUCUGUUGUUCACCCUUUCUUUUUCUCUUCUAUCCUACGACAUCCUGCCUUGUAUCUUUUCAAAGGCUUAAAAAAUUUCAUUAAUAUACAGUUAAGUCAGUUUAAUGAAUCAUUCUACAACUUUGUACUGUCAAUAGUAGAUAUAACAAUAACUAAAGCUUUUUGCUUUUGACCAAAGAAUCACCUUUAUUUCUUCAUUUUCAAAUUUUGUUCUCACAUUUUAAGUGUAUGAAGGACCAAGCAAUGGUCCAUAUUAAGUUCUUGAUUGAAUGAUCCCAAUUUUAGAGGAUCCGAAACACUAGAGAAGGACAUGCGCUGGUUCUGUACAGUAAAUAAAGUACUAUUGCUAUAUGUAGCAAAAAGUAGUUAUG